AUGUCUGCCUCUCUUCCCAGUAAUAUUCGGGUUUCUCGUCAUCCAUGCCUGAGAGCCAAGCUCUCCCAACUUCGAUCCACCAAGACCACAGCUAGAGAGACAAAUUUCCUCGUUAGGGAGAUUUCAACAAUAUUGGGCUGCGAAGCCCUUGCUAACAGUCUAGAAGCUACAGCAGAUGGCACGGAAACCACUCCUCUCGGAUAUAAUUACGCCGCUGAAAUAAUCCACCCGAGCAAAAUCGCCCUCAUCCCGAUCCUACGAUCCGGUCUGGGAAUGCUUCAAGCCAUCCAGGACCUCCUCCCUCAACCCGUCCCCAUCCACCAUCUCGGCCUCUUCCGCGAACCCAUUACCCUACACCCGGUAGAGUACUACAACAACCUCCCGUUCCACCGCACCACUUCAGGCGCCGAUACUAGCGAAUCAGCGGCUGAUCUGGCCAUCCUGCUGGACCCCGUCGUCGCCACCGGCGGGACCGCAGCAGCCGCCAUCCAGACCUUGAGGGAAUGGGGCGUGAAGAAGGUGAUUCUUCUCAGCGUCUUGGGGAGCCACGAUGGCCUGGUCAGGGCGGCGAAUGAAUGGCGAGACGGCGUGGAGGUGUGGGUCGGGGGUGUGGAUCAGGAGGUUGAUGGGAAAGGUAUGAUUGUGCCUGGUCUAGGUGAUAUAGGAGAUCGUUUGUUUUUGGCGCAGGGGAAGUAG